AUGCCGCGCUUCCUUCGUGAAGCCUCUCGUGAACGAAGUCCAGAUCUAACAACCACUUCCUCUUUCACAUCCACAUCCUCUCUUUCAUCUUCUUUAUCGACAACUUCUUUAAGUACGAGUGAAGUGGAAUCUACAAUGGUCGAGGAGCUCCAGCGACGUAAAGCCGCUUUUUUGGCACAUUUUAAGAGCAAUAGCACUUCGUUAUCAAGUACAGAUGAAGUGACAACACCUACAGCUUCAGAAUACACCUCUAGUCGGUCACUCGAUGUUGCAAUGACGCCACAAACUGGCGCAGACUCGAAAUGUCACGUCUGCAAUGUCUCUCUUCGAUUAUUACGGGUUCGGCAUCAAUGCCGGAACUGUCGACUUACUGUAUGUGGUGUACAUAGUAAGAACCAAGUGCCAUUGCCUCACUUGGGGAUUAUGAAGGAAGUGCGAGUCUGCGACUUGUGUACAAGGUACUUGGUGCAGCGUCGAGCGGGAUAUCGUAGUCCUAAAAGUUCAAGACCACGACACAAUUCUAAUCCCAGCUAUACGGAACGAGAGAGUGACCCGGAAGUGUCGCCUAUUUCUGAAAAGAAGAUGUUGAUGCCGUUAACUCCUCCAAAGGACAGUCUACCAUCAGUAGACCGGACGGCAAUUGCACCUGGAACACCUGAUGGCAAUAGCCGAGCAAGCUUCAGUUUGAACUCAAUGGGCAGCACUUUGGCGAGCAAUAAUGCCAAUGCAAUGCCUGGCAUUUUGUUUAGUUGCUUAUUGGAGGAACAGGACAACACUGUAGAUGAAAUCCUGUAUUUAGGCACGUUUACAAUGGGAGGACGGUCCCUCGCAAGUCGUCGUAUGAGCGCUAACGUGGCGUUGUGGAAGUGGAGAGUUUUCAUGCUGACGACAGCAGAAAUGCUGUGCUUUAAGGCGACGGGAUCCAUUACCGAUGACGAUUGCAUUCCUGUGUCGGCCAUGGCUUUAGGUGAAGUACGGUCGUCCGUUCAUUUGUCGGAUAUUCUACACAUCGAGGUCAACGAUCAGUUUCCGCGUAUUCUGACAGUAAUUCGCUCCGAUGGCCGAGUCUUUCGCGUACGUGCGCGCACGCCUGAACAGUGCACGGAGAUUGCGAAUACAUUGCGCAAGGCUAUGCAACUCUUUCAGGACGCUCUCUUUAAGCUGCAACGUGGUCCGCAGCCUGAGGACAACUCCAUUAGUUGUGUGACUGUCCAGCACGAGUCGUCGCUUCCCGAGUCCGUGAUAGCCAGCAACCCGGCCGUCGGCAAAACCUUCCGAGUUGAUAUGUAUCCCUCAAGUAUUCUCCGAUUUUACGUGAACGGCCCAUCGGCUAACGGUACAGCGCUUUAUUCGCGCGAGAUGCUCAUUCAUGGGGGUAAGGGCUGCUCGCCUGUUGUGGUAGAGGCCGAGCCAUUAGGAAACGGUCUACGCGACGAACAUGUGCUUUAUGUUGCCGUUAAAACUGAAAAGGCUUUGAGCAGUUCGGAAGGGGAGACCAACUGGCAUUUUUGGGGGCUUGCUUUAUUCUUUGUGGUAGUAGCAGCAGUCAUGAACUCAAUGGACAAAGGCUCUUUUGAACUUCUAGCGUGGCUGUCAGCGCUUGCUCUAUUCCUCACUCGCUUUCACGAGGGCAUCAGUUUGCUGCUAACGACCAAACGAUUUUCGAGGGCACAACAGUUGCGUGUUGAAUGUGUCAAAAUCACGAUGGGAAAGAGCGAAGGGUCAUCGGAGUGCAAUGAUGAUGGUCAAGACGAAGAGCUCGAUAGCCGUUUCCUCGCUGGGUGUGAAGGCGAUGUUGAGGAAGCAAAGGAGCGGUACGCUGCGACAAUGAAGUGGCGAAAAGAAAACGACGUAGACACGAUUUUGCUGCGUCCAUCACACGUGUACGCGGACAUGAAGGAGUGCUUCACACACUUUAUACACAAAAAGGAUCGACAAGGUCAUCCGAUUUCUUACGAGUUCCUUGGUGGCCAACGGAAGGCGCUGCACGAUUUCACGGGUCGUGGUGUUUCGGAAGACGAAGCAAUCAUGCACCACGUCCGCAUGAUGGAGUUCAUGUGGAACGUGAUCGACCCGCGGCCGUUCCCGGAGGGCAAUAUGCUUAAAGUGUAUGAUAUUAAAGGAAUCUCCAUGGUUGAUUUGUCGAGCGACGUGGUUAACUACACAAAGAAGUGGGGCGAGGUAAUAGCCACGUACAACCCAGAGCGGGUCUACCAGGUGUUUCUCAUUAACCCUCCAUCCUGGUUCAACCUUAUCUGGAAGCUCGUGUCACCGCUUGUCAAUUCGAAGACGCGUGAGCGUAUUCACGUGCUUCGUGGCCAAAAAGACAUUACUAAAGCGCUGCUGGAGUUUGUUGCACCCGAAAAUUUGCCAAAAGAAUACGGCGGAGAGUGCCAGUGUGACGGUGGGUGUUUCACGCACUCACCGGAAGAGAAUGACAUUCGUGAAUGGACCGAGUUCGUCAAUGCCAAUUUCCACGGGGACCCUCACGACCCGGUCCUUGUUGAUGGCUACAACAAACUAUGCGAGAAGUACCAGAAACAGUUGUUGCCUUCAAGUUUAAGCAUCGACGCUUCUGAAGUGCCUAAUGAGACAACGCUUUAG